CAUCAUCUUCCUCCUCUCUGUCCCUCCUCCUCCUUCUUCUCCUUCUCCUCCUCACUGGUACCCGGAGCGACAAACCUGCAUCAGUGUUUGAUUGCAGCUCGAGUCGUGCAGCUGUUACACUGCUCCUGAACUGGUGGACCGAACCGAACCAGCAACAUUCUCGCAGCAGAAAAGGGAGGAACCGGGCCAACGUACCGGAAUGAAACUCAAGCAAACAAAGCUUUUCCUCCUGUGAGGAGCAGAGCAGGAGCCUGGAAAGCACCGGAGGGAAGCGGAGAAGGUGGAGGGGGAGAUCUCGGGGACACAGCCAUGGCGACUGGAGGAGGAGGCGGCGGCGGAGGCGGAGGAGUGGUGCGCAGGCGGAGAGCGGGGCUCCCCGGGUUUUGCUGGAAAACCUGCUACUUUCCUAUCCUGUUCUGGGUGGUUUCCGUGUGCGGGGAGGAGAAGACCUUCAUAGUGGAGACGUGGCUGAAAACCUACGGCUACCUGCUGCCUCAUGAUGUUCGGACGUCUGAUCUGCGGCAGGAAAAAGCCAUGCAGUCCGCCGUGGCUGCCAUGCAGCGUUUCUAUGGGAUCCCUGUUACUGGAAUCCUGGAUGAGACGACAAUAGAGUGGAUGAGAAGGCCUCGUUGUGGCGUUCCUGAUCAUCCUCACACCAGCCGUCGGCAGAGGAACAAACGUUACGCCCUGACGGGACAGAAAUGGAGGGAUAAGAGGAUCACCUACAGAAUAUCAAACUACACCCCCAAAGUGGGGGAGAAGGACACCCACAGAGCGAUCCGACAAGCCUUCAACGUGUGGCAGGCAGUCACUCCGCUCUCCUUCCAGGAGGUCCCAAAUUCAGAUGUGGAGAAUGACGGGAAAGACGCAGACAUCAUCAUCUUCUUCGCCUCUGGUUUCCAUGGUGACAGCUCUCCAUUUGAUGGGGAAGGGGGCUUCCUGGCCCACGCCUACUUCCCGGGCGCCGGCAUCGGAGGAGACACCCAUUUUGACUCUGACGAGCCGUGGACGCUCGGAAACGCCAACCAUGAUGGUAAUGAUUUGUUCCUGGUGGCGGUCCACGAGCUGGGCCAUGCCUUGGGUUUGGAGCACUCCAACGAUCCCAGUGCCAUCAUGGCUCCUUUCUACCAGUACAUGGACACGCACAACUUCAAGCUGCCUCUGGACGACCUGCAGGGCAUACAGAAAAUCUACGGGAUCCCCAGUCCCAUGCUGGAGCCCACGCGGCCGUUACCCACGCUUCCUUCCCGACGAACGCACUCCACCUCGGAAUGCAGUCACGACCGGCACUCCCGUCCGGGUCGUCCGCCCGGAGAUAGACCAGCUCUGCCCGGGAACGGCAAGCCCAACAUUUGCGACGGGAACUUCAACACCGUGGCCUUCUUCAGAAAGGAGCUGUUUGUCUUCAAGGACCGGUGGUUAUGGCGUCUGAGGAACAACAAGGUUCUGGAGGGUUAUCCCAUUGAAAUCAACCAGUUCUGGAAGGGCCUGCCUCCUCGCAUCGAUGCUGCUUACGAGAGGUCCGACGGAAAAUUUGUCUUCUUCAAAGGUGAAAAGUUCUGGGUGUUUAAGGAGGUCAAGGUCGAGCCGGGUUACCCUCAGAACCUCAUGGAGCUGGGCAGCUUCCUCCCCAAAGACGGCAUCGAUGCAGCGGUCCGCUGGGAGGUCGUUGGUAAAACCUACUUCUUCAAAGGAGAGCAGUACUGGCGCUACAACGAGGAAAAGCGAACCGUGGAUCCAGGAUACCCCAAGUCCAUCAGUGUGUGGGAUGGAGUCCCUGACUCUCCACAGGGAGCCUUCACCAGCAGAGAGGGAUACCACACCUACUUCUACAAGGGGAAGGAGUACUGGAAGUUCGACAACCAGAAGCUGACGGUGGAACCUGGAUAUCCAAAGUCCAUUUUACAAGACUGGAUGGGCUGCUACCAGUCCGAGAUGGAGCGCUCUGGCAGCAACCGUGGAGACCGCCAGCUGCCUCUUGACGACGUGGACGUCAUCGUGACCAUAAACGACGUCCCUACGACAGUCAACGCCAUCGCCGUGGUGAUCCCCUGCAUCCUGUCACUGUGCAUUCUGGUGCUGGUCUACACCAUUUUCCAGUUUAAGAGAAAAGGAGCACAGCAGAACACGAUGCAGCACUAUUACAAAUACCCGGUGCAGGAGUGGGUAUGACAGGGGACCAGAACCCUAAAGCUGACAGGGUCAAACUGUUGUCACUUUUAGGCUGGGUUACAGUCGCCAACAAUACCAGAACAGGACCGGAUGAAAGACGCUGUUGGCAAGAGAGUCCGGCAGCUAAAGAAACUCAGAGACAGAAGAUCCAGACUUUGAUUCAAAGUGUUUAUGAAAAAUGUUCAUAUUUAAGAUUAAUAAAACCAAACCUGGCCGACAGUGAAUUAAAGUCCAGGGUGAUGUGGUUUGUCUACAUCUCUUCUUGGACGUUGGAAGUUCUCUUUGGACCUACAACAAACUUCUUCUCAGAGAAAACAGAGGAUUUAAAGUAGUAAAUGUCCACCUGAUUGGGUACUACCUUCAACUUUGUUCUUCAAACAACUUUACAUGUGAACUGCUUCAGUUAAACAUUUGAUCAGAGUUAACUAAGAAAAGAAUGACAAGCAAAGAUUAUUUUAAAUUAAACUAGAAAAUAAACUAAAGGUAAAAAGGCCAUAACAAAAAGAAAACCAAGGAUCUGUUUGUGGAUCACAGAACUCUGUUUUCAGUUAUACUGAGAUGGGAAACUGUUAGAGGAGCUUUUUCUCUCUUUCUUACUCACCGCGGUUCAUUUUGUUGCCAUAAAACUCUUUAUUUUGUCAAACAGUAACAGCAUCACUGAUUUACGCAGCUGGAUUUUACACAAGUAGAAAAAUGAAUUUUCUGCAUAAAAGACACUUCUACAGCCUUAUCUCUAAAUAUCAUUAAGGGACUCAAGGUGCAGCAGUUGGACCAUCAAUACCUUUAAUUAGGAAACACUGAGAGAGCAGCUUUACCUUAAAUCAAAAGCUAUCAAAGUGUGCAUAAAGACACCUAUAGGUGUGUAUAGAAAACACAGAUGUGCAGUGUAUACAAAGUGACCUGCAGCAGAAGCCCCAAAGAAACCGAAGCUGCAGAUGUAUUAAGUGGAAAAGGACUGAAGUAACCUGCAGUUUUUGGCAUGUAGCAGUGGUGCACACCACAAUAAAGAUGGUAUUUAUUUAUUUAUCUGAUGUACUGUAUGUUUUAUACCAGCAGGUCCUCUGCUUGCUGUAGAAGUUAAACACAGUUUUAUUUCUGCAUGACAACAUAUCACCUAACAAUGAAAGGUUUAUUUCUAAGGGAAGACUGCGGCGAAUCUUCCUCAUUUUCCUCAUCUUACAAGUCUUUUAUCUUCCUGCUUGAAUGUUGAACUCAGAGUUUUUUUUCAGCCGUCAUCAAGUCCAUCUUUACUGGUUUAUUAUGUGUGAAGGUAGAAGAGUUAAAAGCUUUUUUAGUGCCAUUGCAGGAGUUGAUCAUAGUACGUAUUAAUGAUAUGAAUCAGGCAGAAACACCGAGGUAUUUAUUCCUUUAUUGUUGGUUUAUUCAUUUUUGCCUUGUGGUUUUCUCAAGUUGCAGCUCUUGUUAAAACAAAACCACAUUUCUAGAAAGCUUAGAAAUAUCUUGCAAUAAAGAACAGUUUCACAUUUGUACAGAAGAGAUGGUUCUACCAAACCUGUGUUAGAACAUCAAACAUCAUACCAGAACAUCAGGAACCACUAACAAGAAAGAAAUUAUUCAGUUGAAACUCAUCUGCUCGUUGCCGACAUAAACUUUACUGCAGGUUUUUAAUGGUAAUAUUCACAUUAAUAUAAAAUAUAUUUAUCACAGCUAUAAUUUACCUUCUAGUUCAACUCUGCAAUCACCCCAAAAUCAUACUUUUAUCAGGAAUCAAGUUGAACUGAUAAAUACGUUAGUUUGUUUAGUUGGUUCCGUUGUCCUGUAGGUCCGUUAAUGGUGGCUAUGUUCUGUGAACCUGAGGAGAGGAUCUGGACUGGAGACAGCCACCAGAGGAGUGUUUUAAUGUGUGGAUGAAGCUGCAGGAUGGGAAGCAGCAGUUUUUAUCCCACUUGGAUUGUUGAUGUAACUCCUUGUGCUGUAAGGACAGGAAGUAGAGCAGCCGAGGUCACAUGGUGUGUGUAUUAGUUUGGUUGCUGCAUCAAUCGCUCUCCGCUCGUCCUCCACAUCCCUGCUGUCCUUUCGCUCCGUCCAUCUGGGCUCGCGGCUCAUCGUCCAGCUAAUCAUUUUCCUCUUGACCUUCAGCUGAUUCCAUCUGUCCUGCUGUCCCCCUCUGCUGACCUUUUGUUAUGACCUUUUUGCCCCAUCCAUCUGUAUCAUGCAGCGAACUUCCUGCAUUACAGUUUAAACUUUUCUAUAAAUGGCGAAAAGUGCCAAAUCUCUCCUGCCAUGGUUCAGAUUUGUCUCUGCAGAAAAAUCUUAAUCUAAGCUGGUGAUAAUUUCUUCAUGUUAUACAGUUUAAUGUAUCUUUUAGAUUUUUUGAGUGCAAGAUUUUUUAUAUUUAAUAUUAAUUUUGACCAUGAUCAUUUUUUGAGUGCUGGGCUCCAGGUUUUCAUCAUUUCUGGCCCAUUUCUGGAGGAGUUGACCCGGAAAGCAGUCACUCUCAGGGCGUUCUGGUAUUUUUUAACUCGACUGGUCUUACAGAAACAGCAAAGCGCAGAAAAGCAGAUUUAAGACAUUAUGUAACACCACAGCAGCAGUGCAGCUUGAACUAUAAAACAUGCUUUAUUUAAACACACAAGCUGUUGAUGUAAAUGCUGUUACCUCUCUGAGGCGACGCAGGCAGAGAGAUUUUAGGGGUCGUCAGUUCACUGCUUUUCAUUUCUGGCCUGAAAUCACUGUUCCAGUCACAGUCCAGAACAUUCACUCAUUUCUUCGGGUCAUAAAGAGUCCUGUUUCCUGCAGAAACAACCUGGGUUAUCUCCCUUCAUCAGACUUUUAAUGAUCCGUUAUGAUGACAGUCUGGUUGCUCUUCGCUCACCUCUCUGUUCUGGGUCCAGCUGCAGUGAGGAGCUGCUGUUCUCAGCAGCUCAGCUUUUCAGGGUCCUGCAGCACCGUUUGGACCCAAUGAGGGAAAAAUCUGGUUUUUAUUGGCAAAACUGAUUUGGAAAUAAUUUGUAUCGUAGAUGUUGAUGAAUGUUUACUCCUUGCAGCAACUUAAAGUUGCUCAUUAUGAAUUUUUAUAUUUAUUUCUAAAAAGCAAAAGCUUUCAAUCUUUAUGCUUCUGUUCAGUGUUUUAAUUCAAGUUUGUGUUUUUUAAUAUGUGAUUCUCUGUUUGUCCACAGUGGUGUUAAAAGUACUAGCAUUAUGUUUAUUUUGGUUUUGCAUUAAUUUAUCCAACCCUUUUACUUAGACAGAAUCACAUACCAGCCAUUGUUAUUUACACUUUCUGAACAUAUUAUCUUCUUUUGGAGUAUCAGAUAUAACACUGAUUUACAUCGAACUUUAGACAUUUCAUUGUCUGUAGUCCAUUUAGAUGUUGGCAAGAAAACAAAUGAAUAAUAAACUCACCAUUUCUGGAUAAUGAACCCAUCCUCUGAACCUAAUGCCGCAGUAUAUGAAGCUGCACACAUACAGAGUAUCGGAUAAGUAUUCACACCCCUUUAACGGUUUCCUACUGUGUCCCAUUGAAACCACCAAGUUUAAUGGGUUUUAUGGGACGCACCAACACAAAUUGCUGCAUAGCUGUAAAGCAGAAGAAAAAUAAUUUUUUUACAGAUAAAAUUCUGAAAAGUGCGGCCUGCAUUUGUACUCCCUGGGUCAAUACUUUGUAGAGGCACCUUUUGGUGAAGUUCCAGUUUAAAAAGGGGAGGAAACGUUUUUCCACGUGCUUGAACAGUGAACGUGAGAAGAAGAUGAGAUGUUCAAACCAUACAUCAGUGAUAUUGUACUUCUAGUUUAGAUUUUUUCUCCUCACAAAUAUUGUGUUGAUUGUAAAGAAUAGAUGGAUGGAGGGAAACACUGUGAGGUUAGAUCAGGGCAGUUUAAUGUGUCUGAAUUGCUCUGCAAGGUCCGUUUCACCUCAGUUUCUUUGGGUUUUAUGCUUUCAUUAAAGCAAACAAAUUUAUGUGGCUUAAGAAGUCAGAAUCUGGUCCAGAUCAACUCCUGAUCUGAUAUUUUUUCAGUUUAGUGUUCACACUAUGGACCUGUUUCUAUGGGAUCUUCCUCAUGGACCGUCCUCAUCGCUGGUUGUGCAGAAAGAGUUUUUUGCCCAUUUAAACUAAAGAAAGGGCAGCUUAGUGACUUUUAGAGCCGUGAGCAUUAAGAUGAACUUCUCUGUCAUCUGUCCACCUAAAUGCCACAAGGGUUUACCUUUAGUCAGAAAAGUCUGAAGUUUGUACAUAUUUACUGAGAUUUACACAACAGCAGUUUUCUGUGUAUUUCAACAAAUGUCUGUUUGUGAAAAAGAAAGAAAAGUACUUGAGGAAAACAUUAUAGUGAUUGCAUUGUUCAUAUUACUGACAUAUUAGACAAAAUAUAUGUACCUGGGCUUGUUUUGUAGUAGUAGAUGGUGUCUGCAGUCAGAUUUUCAGCUGGAUCAUUGUUUAUUUAGUUUUCUCUUCUGGAAAUCAGCCUCUUUUAUGGGUUUUUCUAGCAGACCUGGAUUAAAGUGGCACCAAACCUCUGCUGGUGUUGGGUUUAUUUAACUGCUGGCCCAACGUUCUUCUACUUCUACAAAACUGGGCUGGGCAGAUCCGUUCAACACAUAGCUCCAGGUUACCAGAGUUUGGUGUCAUUUGUCCUCCAACUCAUGAUGUUCUGGAGAGUUCGGACCACAGUGAGCCGCCCUUUAAAGCUGAUUAUCGACUCUCAGUCACAAAGUGAUGCAAUGCAGAAAGUUCAGUUCAAAAAGCUGAAACCGAACAAUUUAACACAACAACAAUCAGCUGAAAAGCGCAUUAUUUAACUAGAUUUUACGCAGGUCAUGUAUCUCAGCAGUCAGCGUCACAGCUCGCUAUUAAGGUUAAAUCAAUAAAGAGAAAAGAGGAAGUUACAGCAUUUCUGGACGUGUGGAAGAUAUGAUGGACUAAAGUUUUUUUAUGUAAUAAAAUCAGCUGCAAGACAAAAAAAUAUGGAAUAAAAACUAACAGCAGAUCUGUUGUUUUUUUUUAAGCAAAAGCAGCAGAGAUAUUUGCAUGAUUUCAUUUUAAUUGUUUGCAGCGUAUUGGUUUGUCCUCGUGGCCCACUGAGCUUAUUUUAAAUAAAAGUCUCCACUGCAGCAUUUAUUAUACGACCAAUUUAAGGGUCGACUGGAUCAGAACUUUCCGCUGAUUAAAAACCGACACAAAUCAAGGAUAUUAAAGAUGCCAAGAUUAAAAUUUGUUUUUGUUUUGCUGAUUUAUGAGGGAACAUAUUAAUAUAUUGUAUGUUUUAUAAAAAGUGUUUCUCAUGGAAUGAUUUAAUUUAGCUCAUAGACAACAAACAAAUAAUCUGAUUAAUUUAAAAUCUGCAGCACCAAGGUAAAACAUCACAGUGUUCUUUAUAAAAUAACUAGAAAUUCAAAUCAGUUUAUUCUAAAAAUAUUGAAAUAUUUUUACUUGAACCUCUUAGUCUGUAAGUUUACUGUUUUAUAGGAGAGUUUAGCCUUUUUUAUUGUCAUUUCUGGGAAAUUAAUUGAAAAGAACUAAAGAGUUUUACACAGAAUGAAGAACAAAUGUAAAUUGAAGCAAACACAUAUUUAACAAUAAUACAGAUAUGCAAACUUAAAAAGAAAAUCAUUAAAAUUCCAGAGUCGGUUUUGCUACUGGAUCCACAUUAAUCUGCUGAGCAUCCCGGAGAACCCGUAGAACCCAGGGAGCCGUUUCAUUUGUACAAGUCCAUCUUUAACUUACCUGUCGUUGCCUUUAGUUUCUAUUGUCUUUAAUUAUUGAGAUGUAGAAGAAGAACAUAUAAGAUAUUCUGGGCAGGUUUUUCACUGCUGACUCAUCAGAAAACUUUAACAGAGGCUUCAGUUGGAUUUUCAUAACAAACAAACUGGAUUUUUCUGUAAAUAACUUUGUUUGGUUUGGGGUUUUUUGAAUAAAUGGGUUGAUUAUAAAAUCAAAAUGAACAAAAAAAAAACAUCUAAUGUUGAUUUUGAUACGCAGAAUAACAGACUUUUUUUUAACCCUGUAGUUAUUUGCGGUAUCAGAGGUCAGUUUAUGAAAUAUGAAGAUUGUUGUAAAACCUUUAUUAUUUCUCUUGUUUGCUGCAUUUUUUAGACGGCUCUCAUUAAGAACUGGCAUGUUUCUGUUUUCAAUUCCAGGUUUAUUUUGAAGGAUUUUAUUCUGGAAAAUGGAAACUGUUUUUCUCUGUUUGGGUUUGUUUGGUCGUCCAGCACCGGUUCUGUAACAACACCAUGUUCUAAGAAAUGUCAAUAAAAAUGAAGACUUCAUCAUCUAAAA